AAGUAGGCUCAUUGGAACAGAGAACAGCGGGCAAUGACAUACAGGAGGCUGAAUCGUCCUGGACCGCCAUAUCUGUAUAUCUUGGAACAGGUGAAGAUGAAUUGGUCCUACCUGGGGACGGCACUGGCCAUUAUUGUUCUCAUCCGCCUGGUCAAGGCCUACAUCACUAAGAGAUGGGGUCCUGUCCUGGUUCCAAUGUUGGAGAAGGUUUUUGGCACCACCAAGUGGGAGGAACUGGUACUGCAGCAUGUCAAGAAACACGCCGUGGCAGGGGAUCCUGACAGUGUCCUCCAGACAUUUGACAACCUGUGCACUACACGGAAAUGGACCUUGAAGACAUCAGGAAAGAGAGGGGAAAUGUUAGACGGCACGAUCCGUGACACCAAGCCGCGGGUGUGUCUGGAGAUGGGGACGUCCUACGGUUACACGGCUGUGCGGAUUGGCCGGCUGUUGUCCCCAGGAGCACGCUUACUGACUCUGGAGCCCAACCCUCAACUUGCCAAGGUGGCAGAGGAGAUGGUCCAACUGGCCGGGCUUCAAGACAAGGUUACGGUGAUCACAGCUGAUGCUGAUGAUGUCAUCCCUCAACUGACCAAGAAGUACGAUGUUACUGACAUUGACAUUGUGUUCCUGGACUACUGGAAGGACCGUUACAUCCGUGACCUGCAGCUGAUCCAGGAACACGGGCUGCUGAAGAGCGGCUUUGUGGUCGUUACGGACCAGAUAGGUGACGGUCAGGCUACUGACCACACUGUAGAGUAUGACACUGGAGCUGAGAAGUUUGAGUGUACACUAAAGCCAGUAGAUAGUGAUGAUACAAGUGUAAGGAGUUAAUCAGUCAUCAUUUUAAAGCUGCAAAAUGUAACAUUAGGAUAUGAUACAAACAGUAAAUUCUCUGGUCAUGUCUUUUUUUAAUACAAAGUCAGUUGAAUCAACCCCACUCCAAAUUGCAAUUAAUUCUUAGGCAAUUAUUACAGGUGUGUUUAAAAGCUUGAAACAUGUGUACAGUUGCCAGCCAUGUUUGUUUACAUUCUGGUUGAUUCUGAAGAAAUGUAAAUGACAUUAUGUAAUACCAUUUCUUCAGUUACUAGACUACCGGUAUUAUAAAUGUAUUAUGGUUAGAGUCAACAUGGAGUUGACUAGGUAUAUAUAUACUUUGAAGUAUUAGUUUUGUUGUUACAUAGUGAAUGUAAUCCAUGUAUCCCCUCUUACAGUAUAGGAAAGGAUCUUUUUGUUCUCUGUCAAGGCUACAUUGUACAUGUAUGUGCAAUAUACUUACAGAUUUGUCCACGUUUGGAUUCUUAUAACCAAGGACAUAUAUGACGGAGGCCAGUGCCUGCAGUACCACAACUCAUCACCAGUCGACCUACAUGAAUACCGUGUUAAACUGCCAUACAGGUGUUACUUAUACUGCAUUUUAAAUUUCUUCCACCAGGCGGCGCUUUUAGACCAUUGCUAGAACCAAAGCAUGGUUCAUUGCAUAUUACUUUGCACUUUGUAUGUUUUUAUGCUAAAGAGCUAAGAAACAGGAUGGAGAGCUUUGUAAAAGUACUUUAUGUUUCAAAGUAUAUUGUACUCAUAAUGAUUAUAUUCCUUGACAAAUUGACAAAGACCAUGCACGUGCCAUACAGUACAAAGUUUGGGUCAAAAGUCCAAUCAGUUGUGUUGACAAUUACAGUUAGUCCUUAAGUUCAUCAUGAAUUCUACCAACACAGAUGUAUGUACUUUCAAAUUUAGGCAAGAUCAAAUAAAUAUUCAAUGUUUGGUACACCAAUUGUCCUGCUUUACACGUCUUCAAUGUUCUGAGAAAGUUACUUGGAGUGUUAUCAGAAUAUUGCUACCAUGU